AUGUCGGCUGAUAUCGAAAUGAGACUUAUGGAUGUGCAAGAAGUUUCUAAAACAGAACCAGGGAAGAAACCUUCUAAAGCUUCAAUACGCAAUCAGAAAAGAAAAGCUGCUCGUGAAGCCAAGAAAGCCCUUGGUUCUACGAAACCAUCGAAAGCAAAUCUAGAACCUAGACUACCUAGUUCGAUCGUUUUUCCAGAGAAUGCUCACGACAAAACCCUGGAGGGUGAACAAUUAUUGGCCGAAAUUAAAAGACGAAUAAGUGAAAAGAAUUCCCAAACAGUGCGAAUAAAGCCAGUAUCAAAAAAAUGUUCCCCUCUAUUGCUUCAAACUUUAUGCCCCACUUCUAUUGCUGUCCGUAUUCCUUCCAAGAAAAACUGCAGGCAAACUGCUCUUGAGGCGAAAACCAUUGCGAACGAUCUGAAUGGGAAAAUUUUCGACGAUAGGCCAAUCAAUGCAGCUGUCUGUAGUAAUAGUCCAUCGGACGUUAACAAUUGGAAAUCUUUGGAACAACGUACACUUGAGGAUUUUGAUUUGUCUAGCCUCUUUAUUUCUAAUCUACCGCGCUUUGCUGACCGUUCAGAUCUUGCUCAAAUCUUCCGAACUGCCGAUAAGAUUAAUUUUAUGAAUAUGCCAGAUGGCAAUUGUAAAGGAUUCUGUAUUCUAAGAUAUCGUAAUCGAGCUGAGGCCUUGAAAGCUUUCCUCAGUCGCCAUGGUACACUGUACAGAGGAAUACCAAUCUUUGUAAACUUUGAGAUCAAGCCUAAGUCCAAGACAUGUGCUAAAAAGAUAGAUGAAACCAUUCCAAACGAUGGUGUAAUUAAGUCCACCCCAGAGCCUACUGAUCAAGAGGAAAUGGAGCAAUCCUUAUUUGUAAAGGAGGCUGAAGAUGUUAAUCGUAAACGCAAAGCUUUGGGGGACAAAGAGGAAGUCUCAAAUGAAGUUACCCAACCGGCUAAGAGACGUCGUUUAGAAAAUAGAGAUGAAGGUGCAAAAGAUGUCAAGAAAAAUGACAAAAAGUCAGUAGUGAAAAAGGGAAAGAAACCCGCCGCUGAGGAAGUGGAUGCAGAUUUCGAUAUCCUAAAGUUGCCUGAAAAGACGAAGAAGGCCAAGCUCCAACCCUAUCAACUUGCGAGGAAAAAGGCAGUCAAACAAGUGAAGGCCAAACCCUCAUGGAAAUAA